AUGUACAAAACGACAACAAACAACCUGAAAAUUGGUGGUAGUGGUGGUAGUGGCACACCGCCGAAAAAAAAACUCUCUAAGAAGGAGAAGGCACGGUUAGAGGCCGAGCAGGCCGAGCUGCUACGCAUUGAAAUGGAGAAGGAAAGACAACGAAAACUUGAGGAGGAGCGCCAGCGUCGCCAAAUUGAAUUUGAACAAGCGAAGCGUCGGCAAAAGGAGGAAAUUCAAGAGAAUAAAAAACGCCGCGCACAACUACGCAACAGCAUGGCCUUCUUCAUGGAGGUGCGCGAAGUGACGAACGGCAUUAAGGCACUCGAGCAGGAGGAACGUGAAUGGGAGAGAUUUAUGCGUUGCAAUGGACUGCCCAACGCCAAUAGUCCGAGCGACUUGCGACGCUACAUUCAUCAAUGGCGCAGCGAUAUGGAGCGACGUGAGCGUGCAUCACGCAAUUGGCUGCUGAACACCAACGAACGUACGCUGCUCACGCAAGAUCUCGAUGCGCCAGAUUUAUCGCGUAAGAGUUUGCGUUUGCGGCAAGGCAAUGCGGGUGAUGUGUAUGCGCAGCGAAUACGUGAAGUUUUGGGGAUACUUAACGAACUAGAUGAGGCCAUAGUUGAUAAAAAGAAGCCACUACAUAUCAUUGCCGAUCUCAUUUGCCUCAAGAUGGAGAUUCGUGUGCUUUUGAGUGAGCAUUUAGAUGAGUUUACCUAUAAAACGAUGUCACACAUCGAUCGCGAUAUGGAAAUCGAUCGUCCAGGCGUUUUCAAACACAUUUAUGAAUCAGGCGUUUUCAAGAGUCACUUUUGGACCUACUCAAAGGAUGCACAAAUCUCUGCUAAUCCCAAGGCGCGUAUCGGUGAACAGGCCACUUCCAACGACAUCGAAUUCCCAGCGUUGAAGCUUCAAAUCGCGCUACCACUCUCCGUGGAACUACAAAGCUCAGCUAUGCGCGGGCUCUGGUUAGACUACGAUCAUUAUAGUGAUUACUGCGAUAGCUUUAAUGCAAAACGAGAUUUGCCGGAAUACAUAAAUAUACUGCGCUAUACAAAAAAAGAGUGGCGUAAACGCAAAGACAUUUUACAGAAUAUGCUAGAGGACUGUAAUAAGGACAGCCCACUGUCCGCUGCUGGUGUCGCUGAUCACGAUAGCUCCACCGGCGCUAAACGCGAACGCAGCUUUGAUGUAGAUAAGAUCUAUGCCGAAUAUGAAGAUGAGCUUAACAAGGCACGUCGGCGUGCAAUCGGACCUGAGGGCUAUAACUUGACUGGUACUGACGUAAAUUUGCGCAAAUAUCGCAUUAUCGGCGGGAUGUAUCGCAUUGAUUACUUGGAGACGCCGCAGCAGGAUAAACGAUUAAAUGAACGUUCUUUUAUACGAACCAUUAUAUCACCGGAUCGCUUGAACCAAAAGUUAUUCUACCAAAGCUACAAACCACCGCCACCACCCCAACCCGGUGUACGUCGUUUGCCUGAGGAAAUUGAAGCGGAGAUGCGCAUGGUUGAAGCGGCACUUGACAAAUUGGCAUUGGUCAGUUUGGAGCUGCCCGACUCGGUGAUUUGGUUUGAACCACCCAUUGUUUGCCGCUGGGAGACCCACUUCGAAACGCUAGAAUCAAAUUUGACGGAUGAUGCGAAACCACCACUUGGCAAUGCCGCCAACGCGCCUGCCACCUCCACCGAAGCUACGCCACUCUCAACCACUACCAAUACCAGUCCACUUAAGGGCUCACCACGUUUCCCCGCUAAGCUACGUAAACGCAGCUCACAAAAGUCAACAAUAGCAUCUGAUUUGCUGGUCACCGCGGCGGAAGCGGUGGGUGUUGUGCGUGAGGUCACAGACUUCGAUCUAUUCAACAUACCGCGUGGCAUUGACAUCUAUGGUUUGCUGCAAGAUUUUGUCGUGCCACGUUUACCGCCUGGCUUCUGUCUGCGCUGGGAGAAAUCAACACCAAUGCUGAGUAGCAAAGUGAUGGCCCGUCAACAACGCAAACAGAAAAAGAAACGACAACGUGAAGGCGUUGUUGGUCAACGAUUUGUUUUGUUGGCACGACACAAAAGUGUCAACAGGCCAGACGAGAUGCGUCAGGAAUAUAUAACGAAUGACUAUCUAGAUUGGGAUGAGCCACGUGAACUCUUUCCAGCCGUCGAACCGAAAAAGUUGAUUAAGUUUAAGGCAUUUGCAACGGGCAAGCAAUCGCUUGCUCUGAGGUCGAAUAGUGAAGAGGAUAAGCGAAAGCAAGCAAUAAAUGGUGGAGAUCAAGAUAAACACCAGAAGAAUGGAAAUGGAAAGAAUGGUGUUGAAACAAAGCGUGUGAGCAUAAAUGGUAUUUGCGCACGAAAUGGUACAGUAAAUCUUACUGGCAACGCAUGUGGUAAUACGAAUCGUAAUGGGAACGGGAAUGGUCAUGCUAAUGGUAAUGGUAAUGGACAUGGUCAGAAUGUGCAAAAAAAUGUAAAUGGACAGAUAGAUGACAAAGCUGGUGCAUUGAGUGUGAGCAACACCAGACGCAGCUCCAAACAAGCCGGUGAGGCGAAGCAGUCUAAAGUAGGAGCGGUGGUGGAGACGAAGACAUAUAUGUUCUCCAAAUUACUUGAAGAUUUGGAUCGUCUUGGUGAACUACAGCUGCCACUACAAACGGACGCGCUCAAAAAAAUUUCCGCCAAUCUCACCUCGCCACCCGCAGCAGCACGUGAUGUUGCGGCAACUAACGCCAACGACACAGCAGCUGCUAAUGGCGAAGAGACAGGCAGGCAAGCGGAAACACUGCAGCCCGCAUUCACCUACUAUCCGGGCUUUUCGUUUCUACGUGAUUUGGAUGCGAAAAAUGGUGUAGAUAAUAAAGGCGCAACUGUCGAGCCGGAAGUAGAGGACGAUGAGGACGAAGAAAGCAGCACAGACGAAUACGAUGAUGAUGAUGACGCGUAUGAUGGCGAUGGUUGGGAUGAUGAAGCGCUCUUAGAAGACUAUCAGGCAAGUGUACGUAACGGCGAAGCGCUAGCAACAAACUUGAACUCACUGCUCAGUGGUGGUGGUGGUGGCAUAGGCGGUGGUGAACAGAAGACAUUGGAGGGUGUCAGCGGUGGAGGUGUUCAAUCGACUAUUGCUGCGGCGUCAGGCGGUCUACAACAGCUGCUCGACAAACACAGUCAAAGUGAGAGCGGCGGCAGCAGCGAUGGGCUUCCACUGCAAUUUCAUAUCCUAUUAGUCAAGCCCCAAAUAUUUUUCAGUAAAAAAAAUAAAGAUUCGAAUAUGAUUGCACUGACCCGGGGCAAAUGGAGUACACGCGAUGUUCAUGAUACCAAAUUUAAUGAGGAAAAGCUGUCGCUACAAUUUCGCACAGGACGUUUGGGCAUAUUUGGGUUGGCGCUAAAUCGCUACAGCAAUAUGCCGUAUCAGACUUGGGAAAUCAGGCCGGAUUUCAAAAGCCCUGGCACAAUUUUCUUCUCCUUUACUGCCUCUAUUAUCAGCCUUGAUAUGAACAUCACUUCCACCGGUUAUUGCGUGAAUAAUUUUCAAGGAGGCAGCACACCUGCUAUCAGCGAGAUGCUAGGCAAGACCUUAUCCCUCGCCGAACUGAAAUCAACACUCAUUGCCGCUGCCGUUGAUAUAUUUCCUGAACCCGACACUUUCUGCUACACUGAAGGCACUUGCGAGAAGAAUUUCGUCAUGGAAAUGCACUUGUAUGCGUGCAUCUCUACAUUGGUGCAGUCACAUAACUUCAGUUGGUCCCGGUGGAAUCUCUUAGCGGGCAGCCGAACUAUUGUGUUGCUUAUGCGCGAAUUGAUCGAGGGCAAGAAAGUGCCCUACCACUCCACCUUGCAGGUGACGCCUUUGAAGACUGCCAUAAUCGACUGUACUGAAGUUUCGCCAAGUUUCAAUUCAGCUGGCAUCGCUGGUAUGGACUACUACGCUGAUCUUUAUCAACUUUCACAAGUGUAUGCGCAACCCAGCAGUCUGGAAAAACAGCGGAAUAUGGAUCCGAUGUUGCGCGAAAAUGUGGCACGCAUUUUGAUGGCCAUAAGACCAUUAAGUUUUUGUUAA